GAGCCGACAGUACAGCUUCAGUCAGCAGAGAGAAGACUCUGUACUCUGUCGGCUCUGAGCUGUUUGUAAAGGUAUUUUAUUAACAAGACAAAGGUUAAUUUGUUGUCCAUCUCUUUAAUCAUUUUUUCCACCACAGUCUCUCUCUGUGGUUCUUCUACAGAUGAAGCAGGAAGUGUAUCUGAAUUCACCUGGUGGAGGCUCUGCUAUGAAUCAGUGUGAGGAUGGAGAGGAGGGAGAGGAGGGAGACCCUCCCUCUAAAAGCACUCUGUGUGGGGAACAUGAAGCUCAGAGAGUCCAACAUGAGAUACCAGACUCUCCUAGACCUGGACCCAGCUGUGCAUCCUUAAAGAGUGACUGGUCUAUUGGUCGAUUCAUGGAGUUUAAAUCUGGAGAGAUGAGUACUGAUGAAAGAGUUCAGAGAUCAGAGGCUCCCAUUGGUCAGUCUGCCCAGCAGCAUCAAACACAGCUGGACUCCAUAUUGAUGGUGAGUAAAUGUACAAACACAGCUCCUCCUGAGAAUCAGAGCACACACUCAUUCUGUUUGGAUGUUUCUGUUUCCUGAUCACACUGCAAACAUCAUCUCUGCCUGAAUUCUCUUCACACUCAGUGUUUGACUGACUGAAUGAAGCCUUACAUUUCUGAGCUGCAUACAGUCAGAGGUCAGAGGUCAUGCUGCUCUCACACAGACUCAGACUUUGGUAGCAGAGUUCACAAAGUGAGUCUAGUUUGAGGUUAAAAAACCAGAAACACUUUGCUUCAUGUUAAUGACAGCUGCUGCUUUCAGCUUCAUCCUAAUAUACACAUCAGAUCUAAAGUCACUGCAGACUUUUUCUGGAUGAAAGCACACCAGGAGAUUCAUCCAACAGGAAGUUCAUUUCAUAGAAACUUGAUUUGUAGAAGACAGGCCCAUCCACAGACUAAAUCCUGAAGCAGCAUUGUGAUCCAGUCUCCAUGCUGCAUUCUGCAGACCAGCAGGCUCUCUGUCUGUCACAGAUGAUUUGAUGUUCUAUUUUGUUGGUGCAGUUGCUCCAGGAUAACAUCAUCAGUUUUGUAAAGACCGAGCUGAAGGAGAUCCAGAGAGCUCUGAGUCCAGAUUACCCAGAAUGCUUAGAGGGUCAGAGGGAGGAUGAGGAUGAAGAGCAGAGGAGGAGCAGAGAGGCCUUUCUGGAGAUCACUCUGCACUUCCUGAGGAGAAUGAAGCAGGAGGAGCUGGCUGACUGUCUGCAGAGCAGAACCGUUGUUCCAGAGUGCAGACGUAAACUGAAGUCUGACCUGAAGGAGAAGUUCCAGUGUGUGUUUGAGGGGAUCGCUAAAGCAGGAAACCCAACCCUUCUGAACCAGAUCUACACAGAGCUCUACAUCACAGAGGGAGGGACUGGAGAGGUCAAUGAUGAACAUGAGGUCAGACAGAUUGAAGCAGCAUCCAGGACACCACACAGACCAGAGACCACCAUCAGACAAGGAGACAUCUUUAAAGGUUCACCUGGAAGAGAUCAACCAAUCAGAGCAGUGGUGACAAAGGGAGUGGCUGGCAUUGGGAAAACCAUCUUAACACAGAAGUUCACUCUGGACUGGGCUGAAGACAAAGCCCACCAGGACAUCCAGUUCACAUUUCCCCUCACCUUCAGAGAGCUGAAUGUGCUGAGAGAGAGAAAGUUCAGCUUGGUGGAACUUGUUCAUCACUUCUUUACUCAAACCAGAGAAGCAGGACUCUGCAGGUUUGAAGAGUUCCAGGUCUUGUUUAUCUUUGACGGUCUGGAUGAGUGUCGACUUCCUCUGGACUUCCACAACAAUCAGAUCCUGACUGAUGUUACAGAGUCCACCACAGUGGAUGUGCUGCUGACAAACCUCAUCAGGGGGAACCUGCUCCCCUCUGCUCGCCUCUGGAUCACUACACGGCCUGCAGCAGCCAAUCAGAUCCCUCCUGAGUGUGUUGACAUGGAGACAGAGGUCAGAGGGUUCACUGACCCUCAGAAGGAGGAGUACUUCAGGAAGAGAUUCAAAGACCAGGAGCAGGCCAGCAGAAUCAUCUCCCACAUCAAGAAAUCCCGAAGCCUCCACAUCAUGUGCCACAUCCCGGUCUUCUGCUGGAUCACUGCUACAGUUCUGGAGGAGGUGCUGAAGACCAGAGAGGGAGGAGAGCUGCCCAGGACCCUGACUCAGAUGUACAUCCACUUCCUGGUGGUCCAGUCCAAACUGAAGAGCAUCAAGUAUGAUGGAGGAGCUGAGACUGAUCCACUCUGGAGUCCAGAGAGCAGGGAGAUGAUCAAGUCUCUGGGAAAACUGGCUUUUGAGCAGCUGCAGAAAGGAAACCUGGUCUUCUAUGAGUCCGAUCUGACAGAGUGUGGCAUCAACAUCAAGGAAGCCUCAGUGUACUCAGGAGUGUUCACACAGAUCUUUAAAGAGGAGAGAGGACUGUACCAGGACAAGGUGUUCUGCUUCAUCCACCUGAGUGUUCAGGAGUUUCUGGCUGCUCUUCAUGUCCAUCUGACCUUCACCAACUCUGGACUCAACCUGAUGGAAGAAGAACAACCAACAUCCCUGAUCUCUAGAAUCUUUAGGGACAAACCUACACUGAAACGUCUCCAUCAGAGUGCUGUAGACCAGGCCUUACAGAGUACAAACGGACACCUGAACUUGUUCCUCCGUUUCCUCCUGGGUCUUUCUCUGCAGACCAAUCAGACUCUCUUGAAGGGUCUGCUGAGACAGACAGGAAGAAGCUCACAGACCAAUCAGGAAACAGUCCAGUACAUCAAGAAGAAGAUCAGUGAGGAUCUGUCUGCAGAGAGAAGCAUCAAUCUGUUCCACUGUCUGAAUGAACUGAAUGAUCGUUCUCUAGUGAAGCAGAUCCAAUGGUCCCUGAGAUCAGGACGCCUCUCUACAAAGAAACUGUCUCCUGCUCAGUGGUCAGCUCUGGUCUUCAUCUUACUGUCCUCAGAGAAAGAUCUGGACGUGUUUGACCUGAAGGAAUACUCUGAUUCAGAGGAGGCUCUUCUGAAGCUGCUGCCAGUGAUCAAAGCCUCCAACAAAGCUGUGCUGAGUGGAUGUAACCUGUCAGAGAGAAGCUGUGAAGCUCUGUCCUCAGUCCUCAGCUCCCCGUCCUCCAGUCUGAGAGAGCUGGACCUGAGCUACAACGACCUGCAGGAUUCAGGAGUGAAGUUUCUGUCCGUUGGACUGAAGAGUCAUCACUGUAAACUGGAAACUCUCAGUCUGUCAGGAUGUCUGAUCACAGAGGAAGGCUGUGUUUCUCUGGCCUCGGCUCUGAGCUCGAACCCCUCCCACCUGAGAGAGCUGGACCUGAGCUACAACCAUCCAGGAGACUCAGGAGUGCAGCUUCUGUCCGCUGGACUAGAGGAUUCGCUCUGCAGACUGAAAACACUGAGGGUGGACCAUGGUGGAGAGCAGUGGUUAAAACCUGGACUGAAAAAGUAUGUCCGUGAACUCACACUGGACUCAAACACAGCGCACGGAUACCUCAGACUGUCUGAAGACAACAGGAAGGUGACACGUGUGAGAGGGGAUCAGUUACAUCCUGAUCAUCCAGACAGAUUUGACUUCUGGUCUCAGCUGCUGUGUAGAGAUGGUCUGACUGGUCGCUGUUACUGGGAGGUCGAGAGGAGAGGAGGGGUUAAUAUAUCAGUGAGUUACAGAGGAAUCAGCAGGAAAGGAUACAGUACUGACUCUCAGUUUGGAUAUAAUGAUCAGUCCUGGAGUCUGAGCUGCUCUGAUGAAGGUUACUCUGUCCGUCACAAUAACAGAGGAACAGACCUCCCUCUCUCCUCGUCCUCUGUUUCUCACAGAGUAGCAGUUUAUGUGGACUGUCCGGCUGGAACUCUGUCCUUCUACAGAGUCUCCUCUGACUCACUGAUCCUCCUCCACACCUUCAGCACCACUUUUACUGAACCUCUGUAUCCUGGGUUUAUGUUGUGGUCUUGUGAUUCUUCAGUCAGUUUGUGUUCUGUGUAGCAGAGAGUCUCCUCCUCUCUACACAAACAGCUGCUGAAGAACAGUGUACCCUCUGUACUAACACACACAACCUUCAGCUGAUCAUGUGACUGUUUGUGUCUCUGCAGUAUGGAUGUCUGUUAAUAAAGAGCAUAACUCAAUGAAAA